GAUGGCGUGAAAAUGGCUGCCAAAGAAAUGGAGGAGUCAACAGAAUCAGGUGCUGAGGUCUUCGCUGACGCCUUGGUCGGACAAGUGAGGAGAGACGAUGUAGCGUCAAUGGUUCAACAUCAAAGAGAAAUGUUGUCUCGGUUUGAGAAAACUAACGAGAUGCUGAUCAACUUUAACAUGCUGUCUUCCAGUCGGUUUGAAACAACAAGUCAGGAGUUCAAGAGACACACCAUGUUGUUGUAUGACAUGAAGAAAGACUUGGACAUUGUCUUCCGGAGGAUAAGGAAGCUGAAGCAGAGGUUGUCAAAGAUGCAUCCAGAAGCCUUUUCAGCAUGUAGCAACGUGUACAACUUCAUAGAGGCUGAAGAUGAUGAUGAAGAUGAUGAUGAAGAUGAGGAUUCUGGCGAGUUCAAGGUCACAGCUGCUGUUGAAGUGAAGGUCAAAGUUUCCAAACCAUGACACUUGUUACUGUAACAAAGGUCAUGGUCACCUUGGACUUGUUCUUGUUACUUUCUUGUAACAAAUGUGAUUGAAUGAAAAUGUGCGCCUUGGUGAUGAUCUCAAGAGGAGAUGAAUAAGCUUGAAAAGCUUCUAAAGCACUCAUUUUAUUCCCCAUCUGUCCAGUGGCUAUUGGUGUAUGUGUUGUCUUUCAAUAAAGACAAAUGCCUCUCAGUGAAGGUCCCUGAGAGGAUUGUCAACAUCCCAACUAGCCCACAUCUGUGAUAUUACUGUCUGGUGUGAUAGCCAUUGGUUGGAAAAGUCCACAUUGUCUUGACCAGAUACAGUCUCACCUUGUCCGUUGCCAUCAUAAGGUUGAGAUAAUGAUGACCUUGUUCAUGCACUCGCUCAAGGUCACAUCUAGAACCAUCAGCAGAUCUGUCUAAGGAUGCUGAGGUUACUGUUCCAACUUUACCCAAACAGUGUUAUAUGUAACAGUGUAAUAUGUAAUGUUGGAGAAGAGUUCUAUAUGUUUGUUCAACAACAUUAAGUUAUUGAAAACUUGAAAAUUCCAUUAUUAUUCCUGUUGUACUAUCACAUGACAUCAGAUUCAGAUAUCAUGCAGAACAAAGGCCAUGUUCAUUAGACAUUACUUUGAUUUGAGAAGAAUCUUUUCAAGUGGUUUUCUAUGGGUUUGCAUUCUAUUUAGGUGAUUUAACCCCUGUGUAUUUAACCUGAGGAAUAGAUCAGCAUACAAUAACAGGCCCAUUGCUUUAGUUAGGUUACACUUGUUAGUUUAUGUUAUAUAUCAUUUCGAUUAACAAAUACAUAUGUGAAUCUGAAUAAUUAAUAUGUUAUCAGCUUAUUUUAUAUAUUUGGAUUUGGAUAACAAUGUGUUGGUGGGUGUGUUUGGCAGGGGAAAAUAAGUGCUAAAUCUGUGUAAAGUGCAAGAUGUUUAGAUUAACAAAUAUUCACUUCAUUAGUCACUUGUUGCAGUGGCCAAAGACGAUACUGUUCAUUAGAUAUGGACUAUUAACAAGACAGUUAAAUGUGGUAGUUUUCUUUUUUAAUUAAUUUUUUCCAUACAAAAAAUGUAUCAGAGGGGAUAAUAAUUAAUCUUAUUCAGUUUUAUUUUUUCAUUUGUUGAUGGCCUGUAAAUUAAGAAUUUAAGUGUUGCCUAGCAACAUGGAAAGUCGUGAGAGGGCUUUGUGCAAUAAACACAUAGUCUAACAGUUGUCAUGGCCUGGUUGUCAAGGCCUGGUUGUCAAGGCCAAUUGCUUCCUACUGGUACAACACAUGCUGCUCAGUGUUUGAAAUAGCUCAGCCGUUUCAAUGUUGUGAGGGACCAUUAGCCCUGAAAUAAUGUCAUGCUACAGCAUACAUAACUAGCAUACUGAUCAUUGGUUUGAAUCAAAUGUUUCUUGUUUCUUCAUUACAAACCUGUUCCUAUGUGCUUGUGGGUUUUACCGAAGUGGUAAGUGGUCUAAGACUUGCAUCACUUGGGUCUUUCCUCUACGCAGACAUGUCGUGAUGCAACUGAAGUACUGUUGAAAGCGAUGUUAAACCAAACUCACUGGCUAGCCUGCAACUGAGGGUAUAUCCUGAGCAUGGUCAGUGGAGACAUGUUUGGAUUGCUGUAGUGUACAAUGUGGGACUCCUGAUUACACUACUGAUGCUGUGUUAGAUGUAUUUUCUAGAAUUCCAACACUGAUGAUAUAUCAUUGUAAACAGUUGUAUUCUGAAUUUGAAGUUAUAUAUGUGGUCAAUGCUGUGUGAGAAAUUUAAAAAAAUGUUCUAGUUUGGAUGGAAUGGGUGAUAGCUUAUGAUAAUCAUAGCAUUGGAAGGAAGCUAUUUCUAACACUGAACACAGCUUAUUGGUAGUUAUGGCUGCAACCUUGCUAAAAGCAGGGCUAAGCCUUCAGUUCACUCACUCACUCUCCACAGUUGUAUAUAAUGCAUGGCAUCAUCCAGAGGAGAGUGGCGGUAUCAUGCUUCAUCAUGCUUCAUCAUGCUUCAUCAUGUAGGUUCAUCAGCUGCUUCUCCACGCUGUGGAAGAGAAGAUACAGUUGACGCUGUUACAAUACAUGUGGACCAUGUAGACCGACACAGUGGGAUAAUAAAAGAGUCACUGUAUUCUGUA